AUGUCAGCGCACAUCAACGUCCUCCGAGGAAAGGAAGGGCACAGCAUCAUCCCGGGAUGUGACAGACAUGGGUUCCAGUGCCUGAGGGGAAUGUUUAUCCCACGCAGCAUAAACACACCAGUCCGGGAAGCAACGGAAGCCGCCGAGGGAGGAAAGGGACAGGCCGGGCAGGGUCCGGGGGUGCCGGGGCCGGGCCCGUCCCGCGGGGCUCCGGCGCUGCCCCCGCCGGCGGACCCGGCACGGCCCCGCGGGCAGGGGGCGGGGCCUCGCGCGGGCAGCCAAUGGCCGCGGGGUCGCCGCCGGGCUCAUUUGCAUUCGGGCGCGACGCAGCCAAUAGGCGCGCGAGCCGCCGGCCGCGCUGCGUCAGCCGCCCCGCCCGGUCGGCCGCGGCUCAUUCGGAGAAUGGCUGCGGCCACGGCGUGCGGCUCCCCGCCUCCCCGCCCGCCCCGCGAGCAGCCGCCGCCGCGCAAGCGGGGCGACUCCCGGCGGCGGCAGGCCGCCCUCUUCUUCCUCAACAACAUCUCCCUGGACGGGCGGCCGCCCUGCCCGCCCGCCGAGAAGCCGCCGCUGCCCGCCGGCCCGGGCGACGGGGAAGAGGCGGCGGCGGAGCCGGCCGGAGCCCCCCCGCGCCUGCUGCCCCCGCCGCCCGUAUGCCAGCCGCCGCCCGCCCUGCUCCUGCCCGGCGUGCCCGCGCUCGCCGCCGCCGGAGCCAAGGGGGAUGCGGACCCCGCCCGAGGGGGCAUCUUCCUGCCGCAGCUGCUUCUGGGCGGCCCGCUAUGCCCGCCGCCCCCGGCGCCGCCCGCCCUGCCGGGGAUGCUGGCGGCCCCCAAGCCGGGCGCCCCGGGGCUGCUGAGCCCCACGCAGAGCGCGGCGGGCGGCGGCUUCGCUCUGGAGGCGCAGCGGCAGAGAACCAAGCAUAUAUCUGGGUCUCCAAGACACAAAAGCUUGAAGAAGAUGCACUUCAUCAAGAACAUGAGGCAGUAUGACACCAAGAACAGCAGGAUAGUGUUGAUCUGUGCUAAACGAACCCUGUGUGUGGCGUUUUCUAUCCUACCUUACGGGGAGGGGCUGCGGAUCAGUGAUCUGAAAAUGGAGGGACAGAAACAGCGACAUCCUUCUGGGGGAGUCUCAGUAUCUACUGAGAUGGUGCUUGGACUCGAAGGAGUAGAGCUGGGUGCUGAUGGCAAGGUUGUGUCCUAUGCAAAAUUCUUGUACCCGACCAACGCUCUGGUUGUUCGCAAAGCCGACGCCUACGGUGCUGCUCCCGCCUGUCGAGCCAGUGCUCCCCGGAGUCUUCCUGGAUCAAGAUACAAACCUGUGACAGCAAAAACGAUACCAGCAGGGACAGACAUUGGAAGUGAAGCUGGAGAAGCUGCAGAGUAUGAUCCAAAUCUUCUGGAUGAUCCUCAGUGGCCCUGUGGAAAACAUAAACGUGUUCUCAUCUUUGCCUCCUACAUGACUACAGUCAUAGAGUAUGUGAAACCCUCAGACCUUAAAAAGGAUAUGAAUGAAACCUUUAGAGAGAAGUUUCCUCAUAUCAAGUUGACACUGAGCAAAAUUAGGAGUUUAAAGAGAGAGAUGAGAAACCUGAGUGAGGAGUGCAGUCUGGAGCCCGUGACUGUGUCCAUGGCUUACGUUUACUUUGAGAAGCUCGUCCUCCAAGGCAAACUCAACAAACAGAACCGCAAACUGUGCGCUGGUGCUUGUGUUCUGCUCGCAGCCAAGAUCAGCAGUGACCUCAGGAAACACGAAGUGAAACACCUAAUAGAUAAACUAGAAGAGAGAUUCAGAUUCAACAGAAGGGAUCUCAUCGGUUUCGAAUUCACCGUCCUCGUGGCUUUGGAACUGGCUCUGUAUCUCCCUGAAAACCAAGUCUUACCUCAUUACAGACGGCUCACACAACAGUCUUAACCAAAGCUCCAUCCCAGCUGGCAUCCAGCUGUGCUGGGAUCCCACCCCAGGAUGCUGCCUGUGGAGGUGCCACUGGCUCCAGCUCGUUGGGAAGGCUGCAGGGUGAUGGGAACUGUCGAGGUCUGUGGACACAGAUGCCAAAUCUGGGGGAUGGUACGAGAAGAGUUAUUGAACUUUUGUUUUCUUUUGGACAUUUAAAGCACAAAUAUUCACCAGUCAGCUGUCAUGGCUGCUUAUUAUUCCUUAUUUAUCUUCCUGGUUUUACUAAAACUGUUCUUCCCUAUGAAGAAUACUAUGGUAUUGGUUCUUUUGUUUUGUUUUAAGCCUUUAUUGUAUUCCUUGAAACUGAAGGAACAUCACUUCCAUUCCAGUGCACCAUAAAGUUCAGAUGUUUCUAAGAACCUUCUCACAUUUUUACAUUAAUGAAAUGCAUACUUUAUUUUUUUAAAGAUGUGCCUAAAACUGGCUGGUCUGGUACCAGUGCUUUUUAAGUUAGUUCUGUUAUUUAGUGGGGAAUCCUGAAUUUGUAUAGCCAUUUAUUCUUUACCUGCAUUGGCCUUGCAUACAAGGAAAACAAUUCCAGUAUAUCUGCACUAAUAAUAUACAGGGCAUCUAUUCUAUGAUCUAUAAGUAGCAAGAUUGAAAUUACUCCAUUUCAAUUUAUUUACUAUAAAUAACUUUAAAAUAUAAAUUUUGCUUUAGAAGGAAAAUUGGUUUGAAAACCUGUCAUGAAGUACCACACAUUGAGUGAGGUAGCUGGGAAGUGAUUGCCAUCCUAAUUCACUCUUGAGUGGAAGAUGAGCACUUGACUAAGAGCAAUUUGCUGUCAAAUGUAUAAUUUAGGGUUUUAUUUGUUUCUCUGUUCUGUAGCCUGAAAUAAGCACCUUUUUUAGGAUCGACUGUAUUAUAGAUGGUGUUAUCUGAGCAAAUACGAAGCCAGUAGAGUUACUGCUGCCAACCGAGGCCAAUGAAACAAAGCAUGCUCGGUAUUUAAAAUGCUACUUUUUUACUCUCUGUUCUUCCAAGCGUUGCAUCACUGUGAUGGUCCUCAUAAAACUGGCAUUUCUUGCACGUCUGAGCAGCCACUACUGGCUGGUGCCCAGCAGCUCUCUAGUGCAUACACAGAGCUCAAAUAACUUCUCUUCCUGUUGGCUUAUUCCUUCCUUUAUUUUUACAGUAUCCAGGUUGGGAAUGAAUUCUUGAUUAUACCUGGAACCUUCUGUGGUAUUGGCUCAUGGGUUUAUUUUCUGAAGCAAUAUUAUGAUACAAGUUACUGGGUCCCUUUGCAAGGAACAAAACUGAUACUUGGUUAUUCCAGCUGAGAAAGUUGUUAUUUAAGUUUGACUCAUAAACUGCCAGACCUCAUGCUGAGGUCAGGGACUUGCUAUCCAAUAUGUAAGUAAUGUAAAUUCCUGUUCCUUGUAUUAAAUAUUGGUUGUAGCCAAAACCAAAGCUGAAUCCUUGCUCUUCAGCUGUGUUUUGUCUGAAGCUAAUUUGGCUUCAUUAGAAUUGCAGCAAACUUUACUGGAGCCCCUUCCUCUCAGAGUGGGGCUCAAAGUGUAUUUUUCAUAUGUAAUAAUUACAGUGACUAUCAAACUUUUGUAACUGUGUUCAGCUGUAUGUAGCUUCAAAUUAUUUGUGUGAAAUUUAAUAUGCUUGUGAUUUCUCUAACACAGAAGGACUUUCCAGUCUCCAGAAGUGAGAUGUAGCUAAUAGUUUAGACAAUAAGCUUGCCAAAUAUCUUCCAAAAGGUUUAAAAAAAUUGCCUACUACUUAAACUUUCUACUGAAUAUAACUGUCCUUGCAUGCAGAAAUAGUGACAUUCUAAACAUCUAGUGUGUAAUGAGCCUCCAAUUAGCAAACAGUGGUGCAGACAGCUGAGGUGGUCCACCACUUCCCAAGGCAUUGUGGAGGGGCCAGAGGUACAACAGAGCAAAGAAAUUUCUCACAGAACAGCUUGAGUAGUAUGAAUGAAAUCUGAACGUGUCUUUCUCUGGGAACUUCUUUAUUUAGUGUAUGAAGAUUUUUCUGUAACAAAAUUAACCUUCCUUUCUCACCAUCCAAGGGAACAAAACGCACUUUGGUUUGCAACACUUGCAGUCUGUAUUCAGUGGAAGUUUGUCUAGUUCAGGUGGCCACUUGGGCUGUAAUGACACUCCCAGAAUCCGUGGGUUUACGUCAUAAAACCGGCAAGCUUUUGUUUCCUUCCAGGAGAACAAAUUGGGAUAAAGGAGCAUUAAAUUACAGAAAGCUGAAUGUUGUCUGAUAGUUAUUGUAGCUCUUGGCUUGGGCACACACUCGAGUUAGGAAGCCAGGGGUGAUGCAGGGCAGUGCCAGCCUUGUGUGGCAGAGCUUGGGCUUGGGGUGAUGCUGCCAGAGCCCGGGGCUUGUGCAGGAACACGUGUGUGUGCAGGGACAGCCAGGAGCCCUUCUGCAGGGACAGCCAGCCCAGCCCUUCUGCAGGGACAGCCAGCC